AUGCCGUUAUCGAACAGACGUCGCGCGCGGCGCAAGGAAAUUCAACUGCAGGAGACGUCCGACGCUGAGGCUCCAGACUCGUCGCCUAGUCGGCCGUCAGCAAAGAAGCGCAAGGUUGAACCCCCCGAAACCCCCCAGGCGCAGAUCAAGACACAAGACACCGUGUCUGCCGACGAGGCGGACCAUUCGUCGCCGGACAACGAGCUCGCUGCAAAUCAGGAUCUGGUGGACCUGGUCAUUUCGUGUCUGACCAUUGCUCGGGAGGAGGUUCGGGUCAUCCGUGACCAUGCAAACGACAAGACGGAGAAGAAGAGCAUCGAAGCGUACGCGAAGAUCGCCGGUCGCAACUGGACCUUCUACGUCAAAUCGCUGCACGUCAACAUUGGCCGCGAGCCCGACCGCGAGCAGAAGCCCGACGAGCAGUCGAGUCCCGUCUCCAUUGCCGCCCGUGCCCUCCCCGAGGUUCAUGUCGAUCUGGGGCCCAGCAAGUUCGUCUCGCGCCUGCACGCCGAGAUCUUCUACGACGGCGCCAACACCGCCUCCUGGCACAUUCGUGUCAACGGCCGCAACGGUGUGCGCCUGAACAAUGUAAUCCUCAAGCGUGGCACCGACGCCGUCAUCUCCUGCGGUGACAUCAUCGAGGUCGCCAACACUCAGAUGAUGUUCGUCACCCCGGGCGACAAGGCCAACAUCCACCCCAGCUUUGUCGACCGCGCCCAACGCAUUGCCAACGGCGAGGAGACCCUCGACUGGGAUGCCUCGCGCCACGCCCACCCUUCGCAGUCUACUACUACUACCACCACCACCAACACCAUUUCCAAUGACCCGGCCUAUGCCGCUGCGGUUCCGGUCGUCGCCAACCCCCUCACAGCCAACGGCCAGCCCUCACUGGCCCCCGCACCGCAGUUCCUCAAGCGCCAGGUCACUCCGCCGCCGCGCUCCCCGGACACUGCCGGCGCGCGCACCGCCAAGCAGUCGCCCCUCUACAACCGUGGCAUGAUGAUGGAGAGCACCGAGGAGAUCGAUUACAGUAAAGAUGCCGCCAAGGACCUCAAACCACCCUACAGCUACGCCACGUUGAUCGCCCAGGCCAUCUUCUCCAGCGAAGAGGAGAAAUUGACCCUCAACAGUAUCUAUAACUGGAUCAUGGACAAGUACGCCUUCUACCGACACUCCCAGAGCGGUUGGCAGAACUCCAUCCGUCACAACCUCUCUCUCAACAAGGCCUUCCAGAAGGUGCCGCGCCGGACCGACGAGCCCGGCAAAGGUAUGAAAUGGCAAAUCGCCCCGGAACACCGAGAGGAGUACUGGAAGAAGCAAUUGCGCAAGGGCGGCGCCCAGUCGUCUGCCCCUUCGUCGCCUGCCACCAAGGAGCCGCCGCCCUCGUCGGCUCGCCCGGCUCCACUCAACGGUCUGGAUACAUCGGUCUUCUCGGCCACCGCCGCCAGCAAGAAGUCCCCGCCCGUCUCGUCGCCCGGCUUCAGUUCCUUCCCCGUUGCUCCCGUGGAAGCCUACACGCCCGAGCGCGGAUCGCGCGCCGCCCGGGGUCCGGACCAUCCGUUGCGCAAUACCACCAACAACAACAACAACAACAACAACAACACGAAUUGCGAUUACGAAGAACCAUCGCCGCUGCCCAGUCGGACCGCCACCAACAAUAACAACUCCAAUCACACCACCACCGGCGGCGCCACGGCUGCCACCAGCCGCUCAUACGGGCUGUCCGACAACGUGGUCAACUCGCCGCCCGUGCUCUCCUCGUCGUACUAUGACGAAGCUCCCUCGUCGAUGAUCACUCCCGCGCCGCAGCGGCAUCAGCCGAGACUCCCCCCGCCAAGCACCGCGCAGAUCCCGUCCAAGUUCAUGCCGAUGAGCUCUCCGGCGCAGUUCUGGAAGUUCGCCGACAUUGGCAGCACUCCUGCGCGACCCGUGCCAGACAUGAGCCCGCUCAAGGGCGAUCCCGGCGACAACAUUCCCAGCAGCAGCCCCCCGCCGCCCAACCUCGCCAGUCCCAGCAAGCUAGGAACCUCGUCCGGCCUCGUCCACGGACGCACUCUGCCCCCCUUGAAGCGCGAAGCCGAGGACGCGGGAAAGCUUCCCUCGGUCAACACUGUUGCAGGCGUGGUGGAUGAUGAUGAAGAGGAGGGCGCAGGGUUUGACCUUGCGAGGGGCUUCCAAACUAUCGGUUCUUACCAUCAACAACUCAGCAACGCCGCUCGAGCCAGCGCGGCGACUUCGUAA